AUGUCUUACACAUACAGAUACGGCUCAACAGACAACAGCAGCAGCAGAAGCAGCAGCACACCCUGCAUUCUCUUCCUCACGAACAGCGAGCGCGAACAUUCGGGCGUUACCCUCGCCGUGGUCCAUGAAUUCCUCAUUGGCAAUUCGCCUUACAAGAUCCAUAUCGGAUCCUUUGGACCGCUGAAGAGGCAUAUCGCGGAGCUGAAUUACUAUGCUGCGGCUUCAGGCUCUUCCUGCGCUACUGAGGCAGUCUUUGAAGAGAUCCCUGGAAUGUCUAUGAAGCAUGUCCGGAUGAGGGAUGGACAGUUUGACGAUAUCCCUCAGGUUGGGUUCUUUGCUGCGUUGAAGAAUUAUAGGAAGGAUUUGGCUCUGGGAUUGCUUCCUUGGACCGGUGAUGACUAUGUGGAGAUCUUUGAUGCCGUUGUUGAGCUUGUGAAGACACUUGGGCCGGUUUUGAUUGUCGUUGAUCCGCUUUUUGCCCCGGCUGUGGAUGUCUGUCGGAUCUGUUCUGGGUUCAAGAUGCCCAUGUCGCUCUGGGAUAAGCUUCGCAACAUCUUGCUGGGUUUUCGAUUCAAGCACGAACUCGAGAAGUGCGCUAGUCUCAAGGGGGUCAAUGAGGCCCGUGAGGCCCGCGGAAUUGAGGGCCCUGUCCCAUUCCUGUCCCACGAAGCAAAGAAGAGUAGCCGCAUCAUCCUUCCUUCCUGGCCAGAGACCGACUUCCCGCUGGUUGUGCCCGAGCACAUGACUCUCUGCGGUCCUAUUCUUCGCCACUAUCGCCCCAUGGUGAAGGAGGAUCCCGAACUGGCCCAUUGGCUUUCGAAGCGCCCUACUGUGCUGGUCCUAAUGGACUCCCGUUUCAGCUACGUUGGUAAGCAGCAGAUUGAAAUUGCCAAGGCCAUACAGAAGCUUCUCGAGCAAGAGCUCAAUAUGCAGGUUCUCUGGAAGCUGAAGCACGUCGAGGACCCUGCCGUGACUAGAGAGAUUGUUAAGCUUCUGGGGGUUUACAUACACGGGAAACGUAUGCGCAUCGCGAAGCGGUUUGUGUUUGAGAUCAUGUCACUUUUGAUGAGUGGACAUGUUACUUGUUUGGUGCAUCAUGGCGGGGCCAAUGUAUUCCACGAAGCUGUCAGGGCGGAGAUUCCGCAGAUCGUGCUCCCGGUCUGGUUUGACGCGUACGACUAUGCUGCACGAGUUGAGUACCUGGGGAUUGGCAUCUGGGGCAGCCGCAGGUCGGCGCCGAAAGUGAGUGGGGAGGAGCUGGGAGAUGCGCUGUUGCGUGUGGUGACUGCUAGUGACGAAUCCCAUGCAAUGCGCAUGCGGGCCAUGCAGGUCGCCGGGCAGCUGCCGUUCAAGGAUGGACGCGUGGUUGCGUAUGAGAGACUUCUCGAGCUUCUCCCCCCCAGCGUUAAUCACUAUUCACCCAACAAACCCUACAAUCCGUCUAUCCCUUCCAAUUUCUCUCUCAUCAUCACCAUUACCAUCACCACAAUGGCCAACGAACGCAUCACCUGGAUCGGCCUGGGCAACAUCGGCCGCGCCAUGGCCGCCAACAUCGCCCAAAAAGGUCCCCAAACCACCCCUGUAACCCUUUACAACCGCACUACCAGCAAAGCCACCGACUUCGCCUCGACCCUCCCCGACAACAAAGCCACCGUCAGCACCUCCCUCUCCGACGCCAUCUCCAACUCCACCAUAAUCUUCAUCUGCGUCGGCGACGACGCCGCCCUCGAAGCCAUCAUCUCCGGUCUCCCCACCGCCUCCCUCUCCUCCAAGAUCAUCGUCGACUGCUCCACCGUCCACCCCGACACCUCCCGCAAGAUCCAGCGCCAGCUCGCCUCCCACGGCGCCUCCUUCAUCGCCUGCCCGGUCUUCGGCGCCCCGGCGGCCGCCAUCGCCGGCCAACUCGUCGUCGUCCCCGCCGGUGACGCCGCCACGAUCGACCGCAUCAAGCCCUUCCUGGAUGGCGUUACUUCCAAGGCGACGAUCUCCAUGGCGGGAGAGGACGUGGGCCGCGCCACGACGCUGAAGAUUCUCGGAAAUACGUUUAUCUUGAAUACCGUGGAGACGGUGGCGGAGGGGUUGGUUACGGCGGAGAAGACGGGUUUGGGCGCGGAUGUGUAUCAGCAGUUCUUGCAUACGUUUUUUCCGGGGCCGUUUGCGUUGUAUGCUGAUCGCAUGGUUACGGGAGAUUAUCAUACUAGGGAGGAGCCGUUGUUUGCGGUGGAUUUGGCCAGGAAGGAUUUGAGACAUGCUAGUAGUUUGGCUGGGGAGGCGGGGGUCAGGUUGAGGAGUGUGGAGGUUACGGAUCAUCAUUUGCAGACUGUUAAGGCGGAGAAGGGGGAGAAGGGUGAUAUUGCGGCGGUUUAUGGAUCGGUGAGGAAGGAGUCGGGCUUGCCUUUUGAGAACUAG